GAAAUAUCAUGUUGUGCUACGAAGGAAAAGUCAGCGUGUUCACAUUCUUUACCGGGGUAGUUUUCGCCUUGUUGCCCAAGUUUCUUUUUAGGUUACAAUUCGAGACGUACGCUUUGUAUUUUCAAAGUGUCUGGCUGACUUAUGUUGCGUUGUACGUUCUUCUUAAUUUUUUAAUCGUCAUUACCUUUCGUGGUUUCACCUACCAAGUUGCGGUACGUGCAACAUCGUUGGGUUAUGCAUUUGGAAUUGGAAUAUUGAUAUUUAUAACUGCGCCGUUAUCAUGGAAAAUAUUUGGAAUAUAUAUGUCCGUGAUGGCAAUGUUUCAUUACUCAGAGUUCCUUGCCAUUGCUUGGACGAACCCAAAAGCUUUAUCUUUAGAUUCUUUCAUAUUAAAUCACAGUGUAGAGUACGGAACUGCUGCAUUCAUCAGCUGGCUAGAGUUUGGUUUGGAAAGAUAUUUCUUUCCUUGGCUCAAAGAACCGUGCCUAGUGUCUUAUGUUGGAUUGUGCCUUUGUAUUGGUGGAGAAAUUUUAAGAAAAUUGGCUAUGUUCACUGCGCGACAAAACUUCAACCACCUCAUACAAAGCACUAAAGCCGAGGACCAUCAACUGGUCACGCACGGAGCUUACAGACUUUCUAGGCAUCCGAGUUAUGUUGGCUGGUUUUAUUGGUCGAUUGGAACACAGUUAAUACUCCAAAAUCCAUUCUGCACAGUUUGCUAUACAUUCAUCUCUUGGAGAUUUUUUCAACAGCGGGUACUGCUGGAAGAGAUGACGUUGAUUAAAUUCUUUGGAAGAGACUACAUAAACUAUCAGAAGCAAACUGGUACUGGGUUGCCUUUCAUUUCUGGUUACAAAUUCGACUUAUAGUGCACCACCAUGGUGUGAGUACAGUAAAGACAAUACUCUAAGACAUCGUUCACGGCGUUCAUUAAAACCUUUCACAAAAGUUAAAGGUGUACAUCAAUCAUGUAUAACAGCACAAGAAUUAGUUUAAUUGUAUUUUUCUAUAUUAUCAUUUGAAUUAGAAUACUCUGAUCUAGACAGGAUAACUCAAAUUUGUUUGUGGUAAUGGGAAGUCUUCUAAUCAAAUGCAAUUCUUUACCUGCUUGUAAAUAAACAGUCAACGUGUAAAUUUUUUAUAAGUUCAAUCGACAGUUAUAGGGUCUAGAACUCCAUGCAUGAUAGACUUUGGUUGAACAAUAUGUUACUUAAAAAAUUCUUGUCUUAAAUAAAACCAUAGAACAGUAUAUUAAAAAUAGGUAUAGAGGAUUACUUCUCAAAAAAAUCAUCGGUUUAUAUGAAAAUUAUAUUUAUUGUCUCAUUUCAUGUCGGAAAUUAAUAUAUAUUUAUGUAUACAUAUAUAUUAAUUGUUGUUGUUGUUAUUAUUAUUAUUAUUAUUAUUAAUUAUUAAUUAUUAUUAUAUUAUCAUUAUUAUGAAUUAUUAUCAUUAUUUUAUUAAUAUAUAACAGUACAUACUUUCAAACAUUGCCAUACUUGAUAUGAUACUUUCAGAGCUCACGAUUUCUUUUACCUUUAGAAAUAUCUGCCUAUUCAUCGCGUACCCGAUAUUUAUGUGAUAUGACUUUGAAACAACUUUUUUGUGAUAACAAUAUUAAUCAACGAAUCGGGAUCGCUUGCAGCGUAACAAUAAUAAUAUCUAGUCUACUCUACAAAAAUUUUAAAUUGUACGAGAAAAGCAGUUGUUGGCAUUUUUAUUUAUACACUUUGAAGUCAUCAACGAUUUUCAGCAACAAUAUUGUAAAUAAUUGUGCAGAUUUGCUAGCAACGUUACGUUUCAUUUCUUACUUGGAUAGACGAUUUUUAUUUUUUUAAGAUAAUACGAGAUUCACUCUCACAACUACGAAAUACCCAUGGAACAAUUAUAUGUUUCUAUUUUAUUUGCACGUUCAUCCGGAAAUUAUUCAUUAUUUAAUUCGAACUUCACAUUGCUGUUGUCUGUUCUAAAAAUGUACGUAACUGCUAUAAAUAAUUGUACAUUUGGUCAGAUGAUAUUCGUUUGAAUAAAAAAUAUUUCAAGAAUUGA